AUGCGUUGCUGAGCGGUCAGAGCCGGGAAAACAGCCAGCAGAUUCCAUACCGCCGCGAUUUGUGAUAGCCACCGGUUUUCAGCUUUAUUGGCUCUGCUGGUGUGCUUUUUGCGGUGUUUUUUUCUUUCUUUCUUAAUUUUUUUUUAUUUUGAUUUUUUCGUAAUUCCCUUGGAUUUUGUUUUGUUUUUGUUUCGUUUAUGUGGUAUUGAAUUAAAUUGUAUUGUAUUGUGCGGUGCCCGAUUGCCAUAGUCACCACAGUGCUCGACGCACUCAAUAAACGACAUCGAUACGUCGACGAACACUACUCCCUUAUCAGGGACCGAAAAAAGGUCGUGUCAAAGCUGACCGAUGGCGAUAAUCUCGGCGAGAAGGUACUUCCUUCUGGGUCUCCUGGUGCUGACUACCUCCGCGUAUCUAACGGUUGGGGAUGAGGGCGAUCCCUGCCAGGUGAGGGCGGACAUACCGGGAAUCUGCCGCUCCUCCUCAGCCUGCGAGAACAUCAGAGGAUACUUGAAGUCGGGCACGCUGUCCACCAGCCAGGUGCCGAGUUGUGGUUUUGGCGCCCGCGAGGAGAUCAUCUGCUGCCCCACCGUCGCCUGCUGUGCCACUGAUCGAGUUCACGAGGUCCAAUUCCAUGCCACGAGCUCCGAGCGCAGCAGGUUACCCGAACCCAAGCGGGAACCACUACCAGAACCGGAGCCACUGCCUCCGACGACCACCGAGGGGAAAAGGGAACGGGAAAGUCGGCUGGACGAGAAUCAGAACUUCUUUGACUUCAACAAGCUGCUCAGCACCACCGUAAAGCCGCAGAAAACCCACGAGUCCUUGAAGACGCCCACUCAGGAGUCGAUGAAGACGCCCACUCACGAGUCCAUGAAGAUGCCCACUCACGAGUCCAUGAAGUUGCCCACACACGAACCCUUAAAGUUGCCCAUCCAAAGCGUUGGAGCCUGGGGCAUAGCUCCUCCGAAGACGCAUCCCAUUACAAGCACCCAGAGAUCUUUUAUGGAACCAGAAUGGGGCCGUGAGCCACGGAUUAUAAACCGUCCACUGACCACGCCCCGAUCACGACCCCAAAGACCGCAUAAUUCCAAUUUCAAUCCCAAUUCCAACCCCACAUUAAACAACAAUAACAACCUCAUACAUUUGGUCAACGAUCGGCUGCGGCAGCAGGGAAUGCAGAUUGAGCCUGCCCGAGAAGUGCCCAUGGUAUUGCAGACCACGCCGACACCCACACCCACGCAAUUGAUCGAUCCCUUUGAACCAUACCGAUUUCGGGGCCAGGACAGAGACAAGGAUCCGCAGCCGGAACCGUGGAACGAUGUCAGCAAUAACCUAGACGCGGAUCCAGCUCCCAGCAUCUUCAAUCCAGCCGAGACGCGGGCAACGACGCCCAAUCCCAAUCCAGGCCGCGUCGAUCUUCCCGAGAAGGAGCGACCAGCGGUGGCAGCGUGCGAGAAGAUCCGAUCCGGUGGAAAGCCCCUGACGGUGCACAUCCUGGACGGCGAACGGGUGGACAAGGGCGUCUAUCCCCACAUGGCGGCCAUUGCGUACAACUCCUUCGGGAGCGCGACGUUCCGAUGUGGUGGAUCGCUCAUCGCCAGUCGGUUCGUCCUUACAGCGGCUCACUGCGUCAAUAGUGACGAUAGCACGCCCAGUUUCGUUCGUCUGGGUGCGCUGAACAUAGAGAAUCCUGAGCCGGGCUACCAGGACAUUAAUGUGAUUGACGUUCAGAUUCAUCCGAACUAUUCCGGCAGUAGCAAGUACUACGACAUCGCCAUCCUGCAGCUGGCCGAGGAUGCCAAGGAGUCCGAUGUCAUCCGUCCCGCCUGUCUCUAUACGGAUCGCACUGAUCCGCCCGCGAACUCCAAAUACUUCGUAGCCGGUUGGGGUGUAAUGAAUGUGACCAAUCGCGCCGUAUCAAAGAUCCUGCUGCGGGCGGCUCUGGAUCUGGUGCCGGCGGACGAGUGCAAUGCAUCCUUUGCAGAGCAGCCGAGUGCCAAUCGGACGUUGAGGAGAGGCGUGAUCGCCUCACAGCUGUGCGCGGCGGACAAGAAUCAGAAGAAGGACGCCUGUCAGGGCGACUCCGGUGGCCCGCUCAUCCUGGAGAUCGACGACGUCGACGGCAUCUACUCGAUCGUGGGCGUAAUCUCCUCGGGCUUCGGGUGCGCCACCAAGACCCCGGGUCUCUACACACGCGUCUCCUCAUUCCUAGACUAUAUCGAGGGUAUCGUGUGGCCGGCGAAUCGUUUCUGAGGCGUCAUUUGAUCUGCAAUAAAUUUAGUUUGAACGGA